AGAGCGGGGCACCAUGAGGCUGAGCUUGCGAGGGGCUGUUCAACGAGUAACGUGGGCCAAUAUAUCCGCGAGAACGUCUUAAAACUCUUGCCGGUGACACUUAUCGUCUCUUUUUGCGGUCAACGUUAACAAUCAUGAACGGCCAAAUGAACGGUUUUCACAACUCCAUCAUUGACGAGGACUGCUUCUUGUUCACGUCGGAGUCUGUCGGAGAAGGGCAUCCCGAUAAAAUCUGCGACCAGAUCAGUGACGCUGUCCUUGACGCCCACCUCAAGCAAGAUCCCAACGCCAAGGUCGCAUGUGAGACCGUUGCUAAGACUGGGAUGAUCCUGUUGGCGGGUGAAGUGACGUCAAACGCUACAGUAGACUACCAAAAAAUUGUGCGAGAUACAAUUCGACAGAUAGGCUACGAUGACUCUGCUAAAGGCUUUGACUACAAGACCUGCAAUGUCCUUGUGGCCUUGGAGCAGCAGUCUCCUGACAUUGCUCAGGGUGUUCAUGUGGACCGCAAUGAAGAGGACAUCGGCGCAGGGGACCAAGGCUUGAUGUUUGGGUAUGCCACUGAUGAGACAGAGGAAUGCAUGCCCCUCACAAUUGUGCUUGCCCACAAUCUAAAUGCCAAAAUUGCUGAACUACGGCGCAAUGGUUCUCUUCCAUGGCUGCGGCCUGACACAAAGACACAGGUUACUGUCCAAUAUCGCCAGGACCGUGGCGCCAUGCUUCCGGUGCGCGUGCACACUAUUGUCAUCUCUGUUCAACACGAUGAGGAUGUGUGCCUGGAGGAGAUGAGAGAUGCCCUGAAGGAAAAAGUUAUCAAAGCUGUUGUUCCCUGUAUUUAUUUGGAUGAUGACACAAUCUACCACCUGCAGCCCAGUGGGAGAUUUGUUAUUGGCGGUCCUCAGGGUGAUGCUGGGCUGACGGGUCGCAAAAUAAUAGUCGACACUUACGGUGGCUGGGGAGCCCAUGGAGGCGGCGCUUUCUCGGGGAAGGACUACACAAAGGUGGACCGCUCUGCUGCCUAUGCUGCACGCUGGGUUGCGAAGUCUUUGGUGAAAGCGGAACUCUGCAGGAGAGUGUUGGUUCAGGUUUCCUACGCCAUUGGUGUUGCCCACCCCCUCUCCAUUUCCAUCUUCCACUAUGGGACCUCCAACAAGAGUGAACGGGAGCUGCUGGAUAUUGUGAAGAAGAACUUUGACCUCCGCCCUGGGGUCAUUGUUAGGGAGCUGGAUCUGAAGAAGCCCUUGUAUCAGAAGACCGCAGCCUAUGGCCACUUUGGCCGUGACUCCUUCCCAUGGGAGGUUCCCAAAAAGCUCAAAUACUAAACUUGUUAAGCUUUUUCCUCCCAGGCUUGUUGGUGUAUACUACAGAGAAGCCACCAAGAUUUUGGGGGAGAAAUGCCAUUAUCUCUCAUCACUGCAUCAUUUACCACUUGACUCCCUCUCUUCCUCCCCUUUCCUCUGGUUACUGUUUCUUUUGUUAAUUGCUUUAUCAUGCUGGGUCCUUGAAUGCAUUUUUAUUUUUUUAACUUUAAUAGAUUCCAAGAAAUUAUUUUCUCCAGCUCCGCACUCUUAGUCUGAUUAGCUGCGGUCCUCUUGUCAUUCCACGCGCAUCUAGUUGAUAGUCAGUGGCACAUCAGUGGUGUUAUAGACUGUACUUGGCCUUCUUUAUUUUCUGGUGCUACUGUUAAGGAGUGUGUGCAACCUCUGAAGUAGAUCUUGAAGGAUGUAGCCUGCCGUUUAGACCCUGUCCACAUGGAAAUUCUAAGAUCUGAACGGUAAAGAAUGGUAUAGAAUGAAGUUAUGGGUACUCUCCAUAAUGUCAUUUUUUGAUUAAGCAGAUCACCCACAAGAACAGCAGACUGGCAUGACAAUUCUACUUUGUGCUUAGUCCAGACAUGAGACAUGGGUUUCUCGUGUUUGCUGUCAUUGUGUUUGUUGUGUAGUGGAAAACAUGCUAUGUUGUGUAUACGCUUUAAUAGUUUUGGUGGCUGUUUACAGCGCUAAUGGCUUAUGUACUACAUAUUUUUUAUCCAGUGAUCUGUUCCCGUCUGGAUGGGACUAAUGCAGAGCUGCCUAGUUUUUUGGAAUGCAAAUCUCACUGAUUGUAAUGUGUGUAUUUUGCAUGUGGUUUAAAAUAUUGUAGCUUUUGUCUGGAUUUUGAAAGGAUGACAAAUAGGUGGUAGAUCAACAAAAACGCCACAACAACCUUUUCACAAAACCGUGUACACAUUGGCUCAAGUCUCCCACACUUUAACCUUUGUUUCCACACGUGCACAGAAUACAUUCAGUGACUCUCAAGCUGUCAGAUAUAUUUUUAGUAGUGCACAAAUGUACUGCGCCAUCUAAAAUGUAUUCACCAUAAAAAAAAAAUUCCCUGGCGGUUAUCUGCAAUUUGUUUUGGCCAGUAAAAAGGUCCAUAGACUGGCAUGUUUUAGAUGUGCAAUGACGGUGUAUAUUCUUAAAAUUAGCACAUAGGAAUGCAAUCCAUCCUGAGCGUCUCAAAUGCACAGAAUCCUAUCCCCAACAAUGAAAUUGUUGCAUGUUUAUAGACCAAAAUUGGUCACCCUUUUUUAUUUUCCAAACUGCUAAAUAGUUUGUGUGGACAGGGUCUAAGGGAGGAUUCUUUAUUCUCUCUGAGCAACAUUCCUCCUCAUUCAGUGUAGUCUUUAAUUUUUGGUAACUUUACUCCUUUUCUUCAUGGAGGACACUAGAAUGGCACAAUUGGAUGGUAAGGUUGCUGUUCAUUGAAAAAAAAAAAAAAAAAAUGCUAUGCAUUGCCAGCCAAAUCGUACAUUUUCAAGCUCUCAAGCGAGUUUAGAGGCCCACGCACCUGUGUAGACCUUUGCUGUUUUCUGACGUACUACAGAAAAGUCAGAGGCUGCUAUGUCACUGCUCUGGUCUGCAGAGGUGUUGGAUAUACUUGAUAGUGAUGGAAUAUUUGGAUUGUGUACAUCAGAUGAGUUUUCAACUUUGUUUUGUUUUUUAAAGAAAUUGCUUAUUUUUUUACUAUGGCCCUUGGACUCCUGGACUCCUCGGGUAUACUGAUGGCAGGUGUAGUUACAGAGAAACCUGGUUUCCAUCUUUGUCCUGAUGGAGUUUUCCUGUCUUAUUGGACGUCAAACAGCAACACUAUUUAUUUGUUCUUUGAAGCUCAGCGUGCAUACAGAGAAGCUGAUGUUUCAGAAGGCAGCUUUUAAAACAAAAAACUGUUACUGAAUCUUGAAUUCCUUUUGACUUGAUCAUUUUUCAGUGUUUGACUUGAGGCUCCAGAGUGUCGUACAGAAAAGCUUUGGAUCGCCUCAAAAAGCAAGUGUCACUGCUAAAUGUUUGUCUAUUUUAUUACAUUGUUUUAUAUUCGGAUUGCAGUAAUAUAUAUUUAAUAGGGCUAUGGACUGGUUGUCAUUUUUAAGCGUCCACAAAUCCUUGGCUCUUACGAAUCGUCCCGAAUGAGACUGCUACGUUGGGUUGGUGUAGUACAGAGAAACCAACUUUGUUUACAUGGCGGUCCCAUUAUGGAUGAGUCUAGUUGUCUCUUUUGGAGGUCAUCACCAUCAUUGGUUACAGUAAGUGUAAAUGUGCCUUCUAUUUCCUCUCCUCCUUUCUUUGCUUCUAUCCUCACACACAAAUGCGCUUCUACCAGGAACAAGUAGCUGACUGUAAUGUGCUUCAUGUGUAGAUUGGGCUGUUUCUCCUAUGAACUGUAAUAAACAUCCCUACACCA